GCGGCGUCGCCCCCCGAGCCUGCUGGAGUCCGGGGUCGGCCGGGGCCGCACGGCCCGCACCUCGCCUUCCCGCGUCUGCUAUGUUGCCCUUUGGAGACAGAACGAGAGAGAUGGUCAACGCAUGGUUUGCUGAGCGAGUCCACACCAUCCCCGCCUGCAACGAAGGCGCCAGAAGCCGCUCCGAGUCCUGCCCGUGUCCCGCCCAGCCACGUCCCCGCGCGGAGAGCGCCGCGCCCGGAGCCCCAGCCAGGAAAAUCUCUGCCUCCGAGUUCGACCGCCCCCUGAGACCCAUCGUCGUCAAGGAUUCCGAGGGGACUGUGCGCUUCCUCUCUGACGCGGAAAAGAAGGCGCAGAUGCCGCUGACCCCCCCGCGGUUCGGUAAUGAGGACGGGGACCAGUGCUCAAGACUCUUGGAAUUAGUGAAAGACAUCUCCAGUCACUUGGAUGUCACGGCCUUAUGUCACAAAAUUUUCUUGCACAUCCACCAACUCAUCUCCGCGGACCGCUACUCGCUGUUCCUCGUCUGCGAGGACAGCUCCAACGACAAGUUCCUUGUCAGUCGUCUCUUCGAUGUGGCGGAGGGGACCACCCUGGAGGAAGCUUCCAACAGCUGCAUCCGCUUGGAGUGGAACAAAGGCAUCGUGGGGCACGUGGCCGCGCGGGGGGAGCCCCUGAACAUCAAAGACGCCUACGAGGAUCCUCGAUUCAAUGCAGAAGUUGACCAAAUUACCGGCUACAGGACACAAAGCAUUCUCUGUAUGCCAAUUAAGAAUCAUCGGGAAGAGGUGGUCGGUGUAGCCCAGGCCAUCAACAAGAAAUCGGGAAACGGUGGGACAUUCACUGAAAAAGAUGAAAAGGACUUUGCCGCUUACUUGGCCUUUUGUGGCAUUGUUCUCCACAACGCCCAGCUCUACGAGACUUCACUGCUGGAGAACAAGAGAAAUCAGGUGCUGCUUGACCUUGCCAGCUUAAUUUUUGAAGAACAGCAGUCGCUGGAAGUAAUUCUGAAGAAGAUCGCUGCCACGAUUAUCUCGUUCAUGCAGGUGCAGAAAUGCACCAUUUUCAUAGUGGAUGAAGAUUGCUCCGAUUCCUUCUCUAGUGUGUUUCACAUGGAGUGUGAGGAAUUGGAAAAACCAUCAGAUACUGUAACAAGGGAGCGGGACGCAAACAGGAUCAAUUACAUGUACGCCCAGUACGUCAAGAACACCAUGGAGGUGCUGAACGUCGCCGACGUCAGCAAGGACAGGCGGUUCCCCUGGACAAAUGAAAACACGGGGAACGUGAACCAGCAGAGCAUCAGAAGUCUGCUUUGUACGCCUAUAAAGAAUGGAAAGAAGAAUAAAGUGAUAGGGGUGUGCCAACUCGCCAACAAGAUGGAGGAGAACACAGGCAAGGUGAAGCCUUUCAACCGGAACGACGAGCAGUUCCUGGAAGCGUUCGCCAUCUUCUGCGGCCUGGGCAUCCAGAACACGCAGAUGUAUGAAGCCGUGGAGAGAGCCAUGGCCAAGCAGAUGGUCACGUUAGAGGUUCUGUCCUACCACGCGUCGGCGGCGGAGGAAGAGACCAGAGAGCUGCAGUCCUUGGCGGCUGCUGUGGUGCCAUCUGCCCAGACCCUGAAAAUCACCGACUUCAGCUUCAGCGACUUCGAGCUGUCCGACCUGGAGACUGCGCUGUGCACCAUCCGGAUGUUCACCGACCUCAACCUGGUGCAGAACUUCCAGAUGAAGCACGAGGUUCUUUGCCGGUGGAUUUUAAGCGUGAAGAAGAAUUACCGGAAGAAUGUGGCCUAUCAUAACUGGAGACAUGCCUUCAACACAGCUCAGUGCAUGUUUGCUGCCCUGAAGUCCGGCAAGAUUCAGAGCAAGCUGUCGGACCUGGAGGUGCUCGCCCUGCUGGUCGCCGCGCUCAGCCACGACCUGGACCACCGCGGUGUGAACAACUCCUACAUCCAGCGGAGCGAGCACCCGCUGGCCCAGCUGUACUGCCACUCCACCAUGGAGCACCACCACUUCGACCAGUGCCUGAUGGUCCUCAACAGCCCGGGCAACCAGAUUCUCAGUGGCCUGUCCAUCGAGGAGUAUAAGACCACGCUGAAAAUCAUCAAGCAAGCCAUUUUAGCCACAGACCUGGCCCUGUACAUUAAGAGGCGAGGAGAAUUUUUUGAACUUAUAAGAAAAAACCAGUUCAGUUUUGAGGACCCUCACCAAAAGGAGCUGUUUUUGGCGAUGCUGAUGACCGCGUGCGACCUCUCCGCCAUCACCAAGCCCUGGCCCAUCCAGCAGCGGAUAGCUGAGCUGGUAGCGGCCGAGUUUUUUGACCAAGGCGACAAAGAGAGGGAAGAACUCAACAUAGAGCCUGAUGACCUCAUGAACAGGGAGAAGAAAAACAAAAUCCCGAGCAUGCAAGUCGGCUUCAUCGAUGCCAUCUGCUUGCAGCUGUAUGAGGCCCUGACCCGCGUGUCCCAGGACUGCUUCCCCCUGCUGGACGGCUGCAGGAAGAACAGGCAGAAGUGGCAGGCCCUCGCGCAGCAGCAGGAGCUGGCGCCGGGGAACGGGGCUGGGGCGCAGGCCCCGCGGAGCUGACAGCCGGGCGGCGCGCCCUGCCCCGCCGGACACUGCAAGGCUGGCGGUCCUUUCCACGGCUCGCUGUCUUGGUAUUUUUGCACAGCUUUUGAGAGCACAGCGGGAACGGUUGUUCUUCGGGGCGAUUCCACAUCUGUGUGUGUUUUGUGCCACUGAGCGGAUGAUGCACGAAGCUCACUAUCACCUCGUGGCCCCCGCAGGCCCAGCAGGUGCUUGCGCGCUGGAACGCGAGCUGCGCUCUUGCGCUCGGGGUGGUUGGUGUUGCUUGGGAAUUUUAAAUAGUUUUGCUGUUCUGGAAUUACCAAUCUUUCAAGAAUAUUUGGAAUCUUUCCUUAAAAAUAGACUAGGAGAAAAUUGAAUAUAUUCGGGGACAUUUGAAACCUUCGUAGGAUAGAGAAAAAUUGUGGGCUGAGUGGAUUUUCAGGGGAAUGGGGGAAUAGUUGUCAACAAUGUAUUAUGUUAACAAGAAAGUUAAAACUCCGAAACAAACGGGAAGCGCUGUACGGCAGUAUCGCCAAGCAGAGGUGCCGUUGAACCGGCCAUCGCUGAUUUACCGAGGGACGGGGGCGGUCCGGGA